AUGCUCACGCUUGGGCUUUACAAUCGAUAUUUUAGUCGUGGUAUAGCCACGAAAAUCUCACACGUAACUACACCAAUUUUUUAUCCUAAUGCAAAACCUCAUUUAGGUCAUCUAUAUUCUAGUUUAUUAUGCGAUGUUCAACAUAGAUGGCAAUUAGCUAAAGGUAAUCAAUCUUUGUUCACCACUGGUACAGAUGAACAUGGUAUAAAGAUACAGACUGCAAGCCAGAAGGCAGGUUUUAGUGAUCCAAGAGAAUUUGUCAACACAUUAUAUCCUGAAUUUAUCAAAUUGAAUAAAAACUGUGAUAUUGAGUUUACAAGAUUUAUUAGAACUACUGAUCAAGAUCAUAUUGAAAAUGUCAAAGUACUCUGGAAAACGUGCUGGGAUAAUGGUUAUAUUUACAAAGGUGAACAUAAAGGUUGGUAUUCAAUUUCUGAUGAGACUUUUUAUCCAGAAUCAAAAGUAAUUAAAGAUCCAAAUAAUCCAGGCAAAUACAUUAAUACUGAAACAAACAAUGAGGUUGUGCAUCAAUCAGAAAGUAAUUAUUUCUUUAAGUUAAGUGCAUUUAGGGAAAGGUUGAUUGAUUAUAUAGAGAAACAUCCUCAAUAUAUUUAUCCAAAAUCUAAAAAGGACCAAAUCUUAAACGAAUUGAAAAGUAGUACUGGAAUGCAAGACUUAUCUAUUUCAAGGCCAGUUUCUAGAUUAGAAUGGGGAAUCGAGGUACCUAAUGAUCCUGAUCAAAAAAUCUACGUCUGGUUUGAUGCUUUAUGCAAUUACAUGUCAUCCUUGGGUAAUAUUGAAUCAAUAAGGAAUAAUAUCCCUGUUACAUCACAACAUAAUUUGGGUGGAGUAAAUAAUGUAGAAUUGAAGGAACCUUUAGAACUUUGGAAAAAUACAACCCAUGUAAUAGGUAAAGAUAUUAUUAAAUUUCAUACAAUUUACUGGCCAAGUUUCCUCAUGGCGGCAUCUUUACCAAUAAAUAAGCAGGUAAUUGUCCAUAGUCAUUGGCUAUGCAAUGGGGUUAAAAUGUCAAAGAGUUUAGGUAACGUACUUGAUCCAAUUCAAAUGGUAGAAUACUAUGGUGCCGAUUCUUUAAGGUGGUUUCUACUAGAAAAUUCCCAACUAGAAGAAGAUGGAGAUUUCCAGGAAGAUAAACUAUUUAUGAUUAGAGAUAUGUUUGUCUCUAAAUGGGGUAAUUUAAUCAACAGAUGCUGUGGAACAAAAUUUAAUAUUAAAAGAGCAGUUGAUGAAUUUUCAUCAAAAGCUGAUGUUGAAUCAUCUAUCCUUCAAUUAUUUGAAGAUGAACAAGACAUGAAAAUUCAAAUAGAAAACAUCUUCAAAAAUUUGAAAGAAUUGCCCAAUUUAAUGGACGAAAAAAUAAAUAAAUUUGAAUUUGCACAAUUAUUGAGAAACAUUUGGAGCAUACUAUCAGAUGCCAAUACUUUGAUGCAAGAUGCCAAACCGUGGACUAGAGAAGGAAUAAAGCAGGAUGCUAUCAUUUUUACCUGUACUGAAACUUCAAGAAUACUUUCCAUACUAUGUGCGCCACUAAUUCCUAGACUUUCUAUCUCCUUUUUAAACCGUAUUGACGUUCCUAAAGAAUGUCAAACAUAUAAAUAUAUAAAACUUGGUUCUGAUACAAAAUACGGAUCCAAGUCUAAUGACAAGGGUAGAGAAGUUCCAAUUACAAAACUACAAAAAAGAGAUACUUGA